AUGGAUUUACCGGAUGACAAAAAGCAGAAGAAAAUGCUGAUUGCAGAACUCGUCGAUUUGAACCCAAUGACAAUCUUUGAUAAAACCAAUAGGGAACACAAUAUGAUAGCUACUAGUCUAUCCCAAUAUGAACAUGUUCUUAUAUGUGAUAAAUCCAACAGCCGAGUGUCUGGAUUACCACAGCGCAGGAAUUUUCAAAUGUUGGAUGCAGGCGACCAAAGACCUGUUGCAUCUAUUUUAUUUCAUAUGAUCCCUAACAGUCAUCUGUCCUGUAUAUCUGUAACAGAUUAUACGGAAAUGGAUGAAAAUAUCGCCACCAUAUUGAACAUCGAUUGGACACGGCGUCUGUGGAUGCGUGUAGUUUGUGCUCGUGUAAUCGAGGGACUGAUCCUUGUCAAUCCUUUGUACAAUAAAUAUCCCACAUUGGAUGCUCAUAAUGAACAAACCAAGGCCAAGAGCUAUCAAUCCUUAAACACAACUUUGUCGCAUCCAGCUACAAGAUACCCAAAUGUGGAGCUGUUUAUUGUAGAAGAAGAUAAUGGUCUCAAGCUUGAACUUGGCACAAAAAUAAUUAAUGUCCUCCUUACAUCAUCCACCCGGAUGGACAAAUAUCUGUCCAUCCGUAAAUUACAUCUAUUUGACGAGUACGCUCAAUUACGACAACAAACUAGCUGUGCUCGCUGCCUGUUACUAUCUGGACACUUGCCGACCAUAACACUAGUAAGAACAAGGAUUCAGAUGCGAAAAAUAGCAUCCCAGUUGUUUCGAGCAGUUGCGGCAUCUGUUUGGGAACAAAGUGAGAAUUUUAUCCUUAGCCGACAUUGUGUUAAUGAUCAACAAAAAAAUAUCAAUCGUCUUUUGACCAACUUGGCAAAUGAAAUAUCACCCUCUCGCAGCACUGCAAAUGCCAAAGUGACGCACGCCAUUUGUCAAAUCUUUACCAUGUAA